CUUGUUUGUGAGGAUGAGGACAGACGACGAAGGUGCGGAUUAACCGCUCUGCACAAUUCGCAGCGACACGCUUUAUUUGGUGACAUGAAGAAACAAUGAGAUGGCUUUCAAAAGCAAAGCGGUCGACUCGAAGACCGUAUUGUCCAACCUGCUGCUGUGUUUGCUCAUCUUCUACUCUCUCUUCUACAUGAUUGGAAGCGUUUGCUUUGGUGUCUUCAGGUUGAAUCACUUUGAUGGCUUGAUACCAUUUGACUUUAGAACCACACUUGAGGACUCCACAUCUAAAUAUUUGGUGAACCUCCUGUCUUUGGAGCUCACGUACUUCAGUAGCGGCCUUCUGUUUGCCGCUGUGGUCAAGAGGCGAGUGUGGGACUAUGCCGCCACAGUCACUAUCCUGCAUGUCUUCAUUACGAGCCUUGUAAUGCUGGAGUUUCCACUGGCAUGGCAGUGGUGGUUGGCCUUAGGUAGCGGCUUGUUCCUGAUGAUUUGCAAUGGCCAGCUGAUCGCUUACUUCACCUGCCCAGAUGACCAAAGCUACGUUGCUUUUACCGUCUAUUAAGUGGCGGGGCUCUCCCUUAGAGAUAGGGUGAGAAGCUCCGUCAUCCGGGAGGAGCUCAAAGUAAAGCCGCUGCCCCUCCACAUUGAGAGGAGCCAGAUGAGGUGGUUCGGGCAUCUGGUCAGGAUGCCACUCAAACGCCUCCCUAGGGAGGUUUAGGGCAUGUCCGACCGGUAGGAGGCCACGGGGAAGACCCAGGACACAUUGGGAAGACUAUGUCUCCCGGCUGGCCUGGGAACGCUUCGGGAUCCCCCGGGAGGAGCUGGAUGAAGUGGUUGGAGAGAGGGAAGUCUGGGCUUCUCUGCUUAGGCUGCUGGAUGGAAAAUGGAUGGAUAGAUGGAUGGAAUAAGUGGCUUCAUUGGUUAUGGGACUUUUUUUUUGCACCGCUGUGUAUGUCAACACCACAGGGACAUGAUUUUAUAGUAUCUGUUAAUGUACCCUUAAAAGCUGUGAAUGUUGGGAAUGUUGCAAUACUUGUAUAUUUUCAAUAAAACAUACACAUUUCAUAUUUUCAUUAUAUUCUAUUCCUAAAAGUGCCACAGACAAUGUGAUCACUUGAUUUUUGGUAUAGAAAAAUACAUAUUUUUUACAAGCACAGUAUAUUUAUGAAACUGUGUGAACUCAAUUGAUUUCAUGUACAGGAACCAUGCAAAAACUUGGCUAGCCCUGUCCUCUUGGCACCUGUCAAUCAUGGAGGCAGGCAGAGGCUUUAGCUUGAACUCGGAGUCAAUGAAAAAGGACUUGUCUGCAAAGAGAGAGACGUUCAAUAAUGUAAAUAAACAAACACUCCGCUUGUCGUGGCAGAAGUACAUCGUACCACGGUGGGAAUUAAUGGGGGUCUGACCUUUCUUGCUAGGAGCUCAUCCCAGUUGAUGAUGCGAAGAAUGGAUGCUCCUGCAGUUCUACCUGUUUGACGAAUCCCAGUUAAUACAAAAUCAUGUUUACUGUUCUAGACUGUUCUCUUCCAAUGUCCCGCCUCUAUACUAAGCGUUUUGAUACAUUCCUCUCCAGUAAGCCUUCUAACAGCCAGCAGGCCGCCUGAGAAACUCUGCUAUGCAAAUGAAGAGGCGCAUGGAGGAUCUUCUCAAACAUCUCAGCUUUGCUGUGGUUGAGGGAGCAAAGUUUGUCAAAAAUAGGACAAUGAGGUGACCUGCUCAGUGGCCUUGUGGUUAGAGUGUCCACCCUGAGACUGGGAGGUCGUGAGUUCAAACCCCGGCCGAGUCAUACCAAAGACUACAAAAAAUAGGACCCGUUACCUCCCUGCUUGGCACUCAGCAUUAAGGGUUGGAAUUGGGGGUUAAAUCAACAAAUGAUUCCCAAACGCGGCGCACGCUGCUGCUCACUGCUCCCCUGACCUCCCAGGGGGUGAACAUGGGGAUGGGUCAAAUGCAGAGGACAAAUUUCACCACAUCUAGUGUGUGUGACAUUUGUUGGGACUGCGUGACAAAGUUGGGAGAGUGGCCGUGCCAGCAAUCUGAGGGUUACUGGUUCAAUCCCCACCUUCUACCAUUCUAGUCACGUCCUUUCUGUCCUUGAGCAAGACACUUCACCCUUGCUCCUGAUGGGCCUGGUUAGCGCCGUGCAUGGCAGCUCCCGCCAUCAGUGUGUGAAUGUGUGUGUGUGAAUGGGUGAAUGUGGAAAUAGUGUCAAAGCGCUUUGAGUUCUUUAGAAAGGUAGAAAAGCGCUAUACAAGUAUAACCCAUUUACCAUUUAACUUUAAGAGAAGUGUACCAAUGGACUCACCAGUCAGUACAGCAUUUCAAAAAGCACACUGCCGAGUCUCCAAUCCACCGCUGGACUGUACGUGAGACUUUGCAGGACUUCUGGAGCCAGAUACUCGGGAGUCCCGCAGAAGGUAUUCAUGAUCCCACCUACGGCCACGCCUCCUUUACAAGUCAGUCAGCUUCACGUGACCCUCGCUGUCCAGCAAAAUGUUCUCUGGUUUCUAGAACGUCUGGUAUCCGUUAUAGGAAGGGGGGCUACUGUCAGGCUUGUCCCUGACAGUUUGACUGUGUUUUAGUUUUUUCUCUGCGUUUGUCUGUUUUCUGUCCAGCACUUUUAUUUUGUCUUUAUUUCCUACUUGUCUCCCUGAGUGCUGUGUCCCCUCAGCUGUGGCUGAUUGGCACCAGGCCACACCUGGUGUCAAUCAGCCAGCUGCUAUUUAUACCUGCCCUACCCUCCAGUCACUGCUGGAUCAUUGUCGUUCCUACCUGUCGUGUCAAUGUUCUUAAUACUUGUCGUUGUAGCUCUGUCUACUUUUGUUUCACUCUGCUCAUGUCCUAGUUCCUUCGUGUCACAGUAAGUGUUUUUGGUUUCUUGUCCACAGUUAGCCUCUGUGCUAUUUUAGUUCAUAGCCAAGUUUGUUCUCCGCCUUGUGCGCGCCUUUUGUUACCCUUUCGUUUGUUGUUUUGCCUUAGUGUUUAAUUAAAUCAUGUUUUCUUGCACAACGCCUUCCGCCUUCUCUGCAUCUUGGGGUUCGUCACCUACAAACUCUAACACACACACACACAUACACACACACACACACACACAAGAUGGUUUUUGCACGAUUUUUUCCAUCUAAGGAGAUGCCCAAGUAAGAACAGCUCACAAAUGAACAACUUGCAACUGCAAAUUAUCCACCUAAAUGACUCGACUCAUUUGUGACUGUCACAUCUCCACCAGGCACCCACUGAAAAAAAUCAUGCAACCUUCCAGUUGAGAAUCACUGGUGUAAGUAUCCACAGUCAUAAAAGAGAGUAUGGACAAAAACUCGGUUUCAGACCAUCUCCUAAAUGAUUGGUCAAAAAGUACUUACGUGACAAUAGGUUGCCAUGUUUGCUUCCAACUUUGAGCUGGAGCUAUGCAAACACUGCACAUCUCUUUUAAUUGAUUUUUUUUUUUGCCGUGUAAACAUGCAUAUACAUAAGGUUGACAAACUGCUUUUUUGUUAUUGAUAUGUUUUACUGAUUUACAAACAUUCAAGCAAAUAAACAGUCAAUUAAUUAUGGAUUGUACAUGACAAAACUAAAGUACCAAGACAUAUAAAUAAAUUACUAUAUCCAUCCAUCCAUCUUCUUCCGCUUCUCCGAGGUCGGGUCGCGGGGGCAGCAGCCUAAGCAGGGAAGCCCAGACUUCCCUCUCCCCAGCCACUUCGUCCAGCUCUUCCUGUGGGACCCCGAGGCGUUCCCAGGCCAUUUAAAAAAAAAAAAUUAAAAUUACUAUAUAUAUGCACGUAUAUAUAUAUAUAUAUACACACACAUACACAUAUAUAUAUAUAUACACACAUUAGAGAUGCGCGGUUUGCGGGCACAACCGCGGAGUCCGCGGAUUAUCCGCGGAUCGGGCGGAUGAAAUUAAAAAAAAUUAGAUUUUAUCCGCGGGUCGGGUCGGGUGGUUGAAAUAAAAAAAAAUUAGAUUUUAAAUAGAUUCAGGCGGGUGGCAGUUAAACCAAUUCGGAAAUAUAUAUACAUAGUUAAAUGUUGUUACCCACAUACGAAAAACGAGCAGGCACCUGCUGCAUAUGCCACAACAGAAGAAAAAAAAAAAAAGGG